AUGGUCUUUUUCUUUAAUUUUAUUGUUUUCGAACCAUAUCUUAUAUCAUUAAUUCAAUCGAUACUUUCGUCUGGCAAAUAUAGAACAUCUGCAAUAUCAUCUAAUAUUACUUAUGUCUCCCAUGUUUACACUCACAAUUUUCUUGCUUAUUCUCCUCAUGAUGACUUAUUAAUAUUUAUUGAACCAAAACAUCACUUAUACGUAUAUGAUGCACAAACCAUUCGCCUAAUUGUAAAUUUAACAACCACUGAUGUUAUUUAUGCUACAUCAAGUACAUCAUUCUCAGUUAGUGAUCGUCGUGAUCUAUUUUUUAUAUAUGAAUCACGUUUAGAAUCAGGUCUUCUAUCAUUACGUGUUUGUGAAGUGAUUUUUAAUAAAUUUAAAUUAAGUUUUGAGGAUAAAAAUUGUAUUAAAACAUUAUUAAUACAUUCGAAUAAAAAUGAUAUGCAUGUAAAUGGUUUAACUAUAAAACGUAAUCAUGCUAAAACAGAAAAGUCAAUAUUGUUUAUAUCAACGGAUAUUGGUCUUAUUUAUUCAAUAUUUAAUACAUAUACUGGUAUAUUGAUUCAUGAACCAGUUAUUCUAAAUGGUACUUUAAAUGAAGGAAACAUAGUUAUAACUCCAUCGGGUAUAGUUUAUUAUGCUAAUAAACAAGAACAUACAAUUCAUGAAUUGCGUAUAACACAAGACUUUCGUGUACGAUAUGGAAAAAUAAUUAAAAGUAGUGCAAUCAAAGCUCCAUUUGGUUUAAUAGCAGACGAAUGUAAUCAUCUAUUUAUAGCAACAAAAUUAAUGAUAUUAAUAAUGUAUGUUGAAAAAUAUACAACAAUACGUAGUGUAUUGCCGAAAACAUCCGAUUUACCGAUAACAAUUGAAAGACUUAAUUCAACUACAUACGUUUAUGUUACUGUUAAAGAAAAUUCUGGAAAAAUUCCAACUACAUGGACGUUUAAUUUUCUUUCUUUUAUAGGUAAAUUAAUUAUGUCUGUAUUCUCUUGA